AUGCAAUCACCGUUUACUCGGUCAAAGAAAGUGAAACGAUCACCGAUAAAACGUACGACUCCUUCAACAAUACCAACACAGUCGCAACAGCAAGAAGUGAAGAAGGUUUCCAACAAAAUGGAGGCCCAACUACAAGCUUUGGUGAAGCAGCGAGAGGGAGUGCGCAACAAGCUUAGUCGUGUGUGUGCAUCCUUAUGUGAUAGUGAUGGGCAACCGAAUGCCAACGUAAAAAAUGUGCGCUUCCUACAGCUCCAAGAAAAGGCUUUGGCAAACAUGUACAAUGAGUGCAACGAAAUUCAAAGCAAAAUCUACGAACUGUCCCUCUCAAAAGAAGAAGACGAACAGCAGAACAAUCUGUACAUCGAUUUUGAGAGAAAGUUCAACGAAGUUUCGUUGAAAUUAAGUAUGUGUUUUGAUGCCGUGCCCAAACGUGAAGCAACUCUUUCAGUUGUGCCAUCGACCUCGCAUGAAUUUUCGCCUUAUCUGCCACCGUUAAAUGUUCCCUUACCAACAUUCGAUGGUUCGUACGAGAAGUGGUACGCAUUUAAAGCAAUGUUCACCGCUGUGAUGAACCGAUACAAGCAUGAGGAACCCGCGCUGAAACUGUUCCAUCUCCGGAACAGUCUUGUCGGAAAGGCAGCAGGUAUCAUUGACGAAGUGUUAGUGAACAACAACGACUAUGAAGCCGCAUGGAAGAUCCUUGCGCAACGGUAUGAGGACAAACGUGUGGUCAUAGAAAAACACAUUGACAAUCUUUUUGGCUUAACAAAGUUUAGUCGAGAUAACGGUGCUAAUCUGCGUAAGGUGAUCGAUACUUGCAACAAGAAUGUUGAUGCAUUGAAGCAUCAUAGCCUUUUGGUUGAAGGUCUUGGUGAACAAAUGUCUCGUGCUGGUGACAUCGUAGCGGAAAUUGAAUUCUUAGUGACCCCACGAAUUACUGGUGAGCUUCCGUCCAAGUCUUUUGAUAUAUCACAGUGGCCUAUCUCGAGCGAACAGGUGCUGGCCGACCCUACCUUCAACAGAAGAGGACCUGUCGAUAUGUUAAUUGGCGCUGAAUCGUUCUGGGAUCUAAUGCAAGAUGGCCGAUGCGAUCUUGGUUCCAAUCGACUUGUGCUGCAAAAUACGAAACUAGGUUGGAUUGCUGGCGGUGUGAUUAGGAGCGACACGACUAUCAUUGCACGUACACUUUGCAACACUACGGAUGAUGAGCCGCUUACGGAACUACUGAGGAACUUCUACAAGGUAGAAUCCUGCGACGAGCUCCGCCCUUCUCCGAAGGCGGACGACGAGGUGUGUUUGGAACAUUUUCAACGCACACACGAGCGAACGAAGGAGGGUCGUUAUGUGGUCCGACACCCUUUCAACGAACGUAAACGCGAGCUUGGCGACUCGCGUGAAAUGGCACUGCGACGAUUUCUGGCGCUGGAGCGAAAACUCGAAAAGCAGCCCGACCUGAAGGAACAGUACUCACAGUUCAUCCGAGAGUACGAGCAACUAGGACACAUGCGUGAGAUUGUGGAAGCACCAAACGAGGACCCAGGGUCGGUGUUCUAUCUACCUCACCACUGCGUGCUGAGACCUUCGAGCACUACAACUAAACUACGAGUCGUGUUUGAUGGAUCAGCAAAGACGUCGACGGGUGUAUCCAUCAACGACGUUUUAAUGACUGGACCAACAGUCCAAAACGAUCUCACUGCAAUUCUUCUUCGUUUUAGAGGGUUCCAGUACGUUUUCACACUGGACAUUCCGAAGAUGUUUCGUCAGGUGAGGGUCCAUCCGGAAGACACGAGGUACCAGCGAAUCUUUUGGAGGUACAACCGGAACGAUCCACUAACAGUACAAGAGCUGCUCACUGUUACCUAUGGAUUGGGACCUUCCCCGUUCCAAGCAACCAUGGCGCUUAAGCAGGCAGCUAACGAUCAUCAGGGCGAGCUCCCGAGGGCUGCCGAAGUAGUUAACAAGGGAACAUACAUGGACGAUACGUUAACGGGAGCUGAUACACUUGCUGAGGCAUGCCAACUUCAACGAGAUUUGACAAAACUGCUAAAGAAUGCUUGUUUCAGUGCUCAUAAAUGGUGUGCUAAUCAUCCUGAUAUCGUUGCAGGAGUAGCAGAAGAACUUAGAGGAACUUCUUUCGAAGUUACAGACAACACCUCCAAGACGACAGUGAAGACUUUGGGUGUUACAUGGAAUCCGCUUGAGGAUUGGUUUUCGGUGUCUGUUCCUGAUUUCGACCACUCACAAGAAAUGACUCGGCGAAGGCUCCUGAGUCAACUGGCCAAGAUUUUCGACCCGCUUGGAUUUUUUGGGCCAGUUAUCACCUACGCGAAGCUGAUUUUACGUGAAGUCGGCGAACUUCGGAUAGAUUGGGAUGACACAGUUCCUACCGAAGUUAAUGAGAAGUGGCGAAAUUUCCGAACUGAGAUGACAGCGCUGAGGGAAGUUCAAGUUCCGAGAUGGAUUUCCUGGAAGAAUGUGCUCAAACUAGAACUGCAAGGGUUCGCCGACGCAUCUGAUCAAGCUUAUGGUGCCUGUUUGUACGUGCAGGGUUCUUUCUCGAAUGAGGAGCCCAAGAUGCAAUUGAUCUGCAGCAAAUCUCGAAUCCUACCGAAGAAACGGAAUCCGAAGCAGAAGGCCCUCACGACCCCUCGAGCGGAACUGAUGGCGGCAUUGUUACUUGCUAGAAUGGUUGUGAAGUUCCUGGACGCUACGGAGCUUAGAUUUGAAUCUGUUCAUCUCUGGAGCGAUUCAAAAAUCGUGUUGUGUUGGCUCAAGAAGUCCCCUGACCUGUUGCAAACGUACGUAUCAAAUCGGGUAAGUGAAAUCCAACAACUCAGCCUAUCUUUCCUUUGGCAUUAUAUUUCCACUUACGAUAAUCCGGCCGAUUUGAUUUCACGUGGAGUCACACCGAAGAAGUUGAUGAAGUCUACGAUGUGGUGGCAGCCUCGGCCACUACAACCCAUCGUCAAGAAGGCGGACUAUACGGAAAUUCCGGACAACGAGCUGCCGGAAAUGCGAGCUGGAGUGGCGUUGGCCACUACCGUUCCUGUUGAGCGUUUCCCAAUCUUUGAGAAGUUGGGAAGUUUCACGAAAAUGGUUAGGAGUAUGGCUUACUUGGUGCGUCUCGCUAGGUUUAUCAAGUCACGCAAAGGGGAGGUGAUAAAAGGUCAACUCACAGCAACAGAAUUACGUACAGCGACACACGUAAUUAUACGAAUGGUUCAGCGAGAGGCCUUUCAACAAGAAAUCCUCGCUCUAAUGGACGAUUCGAAUACAAAUUGUCGACUCAAUGGACUAAAGGCGUUUUUGGAUCCAGAUGAUGGUAUCAUACGAGUUGGUGGAAGAAUCAAGCGAGCCAUCAUACCCUAUGAUAGUCGGCAUCAGAUGCUGUUGCCGGCUAAGCAUCCUGUCACCGAGGCACUUGUUCGUCAGUUACACAUUAACAACUUGCACAUCGGGCAAAGAGGCCUGCUUGCAGUUGUACGUCAACGGUACUGGCCGUUGAACGUGAAGAGCACUAUCCGUAAGGUGACACGAAAAUGCAUCGUCUGUUUCAAGGCGAACCCGUUUAAGACAACGCAAAUGAUGGGUGAUUUACCAUCGUAUCGUGUCCAGCCAGCCCCCGUUUUUUCGGAUACCGGUGUAGACUAUGCAGGUCCUUUCUCCAUCAAGUCAUCGACCUCUCGCAAGCCGCAGAUCACGAAAGCCUAUGUGUGCCUGUUCGUAUGCCUGCAGACUCGAGCCAUACACUUGGAAUUGGUCUCGGACUUGACGACAGACGCGUUCCUUGCAAGCUUGCGGCGGUUUACCAGUCGACGAGGGUACCCGAAAUCGAUACGAUCUGACAAUGCAACCAACUUUGUCGGAGCCAAAACGGAGCUGCACGAGCUUUGGCUUAUGUUCAAGAAAGAGUGCACCACGAAGAAGAUCAUCAACUAUUGUGCCGACAACGGUAUUGACUGGUCGUUCAUACCACCGCGAAGUCCGCACUUUGGCGGUAUCUGGGAGGCUGGUGUGAAGCAGGUCAAGCACCACAUGAAACGUAUUGUUGGUGACAGAAAACUUUCCUACGAGGAGCUCUACACGACCCUUACACAAAUAGAAGGGGUACUAAAUUCUCGACCCUUAGUACCGAGCUCAGACGAUCCAUCCGACUACACUGCAAUCACCCCGGCACAUUUCCUGAUAGGUCGAGAGAUGCAAGCUGUUCCAGAACCCGACUACUCCAUCCUAAAGGAGAACCGUCUCUCACGAUGGCAGUUGGUGCAAUCUAUGUUGCAACACUUCUGGAGACGGUGGACUGCCGAGUACUUGCCGGAACUCCAAAAUCGGUCGAAAUGGCUGAAGCGGAAGGAGAUCAAGGUGGGAUCGCUUGUACUACUAGCAGACCAAAAUACACCACCACUACACUGGCCGCUUGCAAGGAUAGUAGCUGCACACCCCGGAGACGACGGUGUGACACGUGUCGUUACCGUUAGAACGGCGAAUGGAGCGGAGUUCAAACGCGCAGUUACAGAAGUCUGCUUGCUGCCGUUGGAUGAAAUUGAUAGUUGA